AUGGAAAGCUUGAAGGCAUUGACAGUCAGCUCAUGGGCAGCUUACAUUCCCUCAGCAGCAAUGACUUCCUCGAUCGGACGGUUUUGCUCCUUGGCGCGGAGCGUAGUUCUCGCCGUGGGUAUCAAUGAGUCCAGCACAGAAGAUGAUGUCCUUUGGAAGCAACUUGUAGACACGAUCACGGCUUGGGUGGAAGAGUAUUUUGUUGGCACUCAAGACAUUCGACUUGGAGAUACCUUGGAUGCUGGGGCUUGGGCAGAUGCUGGGGUAGAUGCUUCAGUGCUUGGGGAGACAAUCUUCUUUUCGAAAACUUCCUCGACAACUUCUGGAGUCACCUCCUUGACGGGCUCAGCGGCUGGUGGAAGAGUGUAUUGUUGGCACUCUGGUCAAUCGAAAUGGGCAGUUGGGGAUACCUUGGAUGCUGGGGCGUGGGCUGGUGCUGAGGAAGCUGCUCCUGUGCUUGGGGAGACAACCUUCUUCUCAAAAACUUCCUCAACAACUUCCGGAGUCGUUUCCUUGACUGGCUCAGCGGCUGUUGCCUGGGCCUCACUCUCACUGUUCUUCUUGUUCUUAUUCUUCUUAUUCUUGUUCUUUUUGUUUCCAGCAUUCUGUAAUCAUGGACUGGCUCAACAAUCUUUGGUGCCUCGAUGUGCUCCUCAACCGACUCUUCCGACUUCUGAAAAACAGAAAUUUGAAACUGCAACUCUAAAAUUUUUGUUUUACCUCUGGCUUAGCUGUGACAAAGUCCAAGAAAUCCAUGUUAUCAUCAGCAAACGAUUGAGCAACACCGAGUUUGGGCUUGGAGUGGAACGUUGUGGAGAACCUUGGGUCGGAGUGGUUAAGCUGUGCUCGGAUGAUGGUGCAUCGAUGAUUUGGUCAUAG